UUCUGCUCGUCCCGGGGCAGCGGCGUCUGCUCCUGAACCCUCUGUCUGCCUUCUCUGAAAGCUCUUCCUGCCCUGUUACAGCCAAGGAUGCCAACUUUGGACUCUCUGUACACCCUGUCAAAGACACUAAAACCAUCCUUGAAUCAUCCCUCUGCGUUCCUCCUAUCACCUCUGUUACAGCCUUUAAACUCUCUGAGCUCUAUCUCUUGGCUCCACCAUGCACUCUGUCUGCUUCACCUUAGUAUCUUCCACUACACGGGCCUGGCCCUCCAUCCCUUCCCUGUUCCACCUCCAUUUCACCAUACUCCUGGACUUUUUUUUACUUUUUUUUACUUUUUUUUUUUUUGUGGAGUGCCUGGAAUCCUCUCCUUAAGGGGAGCUCUGUGUUUAUCCCUGGACUUUAUUAUACUUCCUCUUUCCUGUUCUCUCUGCCAUAUCUCACUGUUAUAUAAACCUUAUUAGUCAAACCUGCACUUAUAGUUACAAUGGGAACUGCUGCUGUUACAUGUGUGUCCAUCAGAUGUCACUGUCAAAUAAAGCAUGUGUGAAGCAUUAGUUUCACUUCCCGCUUUAUUAAUCACUCACUCACUGUGGCAGAUACAGAGGAAGUGGGCAUCUCUGUCACAUUCAGCACUUUAUGUUAAACAUGUAACCAGGAAAGAAACACUCAAAACUCAUCUGAACACACAUCGAGAGCUUCAGAAGAACUGAAUCUACUGACAACAGAGAAGAUCAUUUAAUAAGAGAGAAGAAUGAAGAUCAUCUUGACUUUCACUCUGCUGAUGAUUCCUGGUGUUGUGAGCACUACAGGAUAUUCAGGGUCUGAAGUCAACAUCAAAUGCAAAUAUAAUAAAGGAGAUACAGCAAAUGCAAAGUAUUUUUGUAGAGGAAAGAAGCCGGAUAAACCAAAGACUGAGUGGUGCUCUGAACUCAUCAGGACUAAUAAGAAAAAUAAAUGGGUUGAUGAUGGAAGAUUCUCUCUGUAUGACGACACAAGAUCAGCAGUCUUCACUGUGACCAUCAGAGAUCUGACUGAACUGGAUUCUGGGACAUACCAGUGUGGAGUUGAUAGAACUAAAGGAAAAGAUUCCAACACUGAAGUGAAUCUGAAUGUUAUAAGAGUGACAGACUAUCACAGAACAACAUCAUCAUCAUCAUUGUCAUCAGUUGAAUCUCCAGCGAUCACAUCUGUGUCUCCUGUAACAGGCUCUUCUCUGGUGGUCAGUGUGUCUGUGGUUCUGCUUCUGAUCAUCACUGGACUCGUGUUCAUGAUCUGGACUGUCUGCAGGAGGCGUCGGUCGAACAACGCUGAUUCCUCCUCUAAAAGAUCUCAUGCGACUCCAGCAAACAAUGAAGCGGUUUCUCACACUGGUUGUGAUUAUGAGGAGAUUAAAGACACUCACAAACAAUUACCCACAAGCCCCUCUGAUUCCUCUGCUACAGUUGAGAAAGCCACUGGAGACUCUCAGCGCUGCAUCACAUCUGCUGAGGAUCUGAAUUACGCAGUGGUGAAUUUCCGCACAAAAUCAGACUGUCCUGACAGUGUCAGUAUCAGGAAUAAUCAGGAUUACUGUGAAUACGCUGCUGUCAAUCAUCUCACAACAGCAGAGAAUGUUAUAAACUGAUGCAUUUAAAGAUACGGACUGAUUCAUGUAGAUCUAAUCUGAGGUAAAAAUGUUUUAAUUUUCUGAGGUAAAGGUGAAAUGUGUAUUGUUUUUUAAGUGCAUCAUUAAAUAGAAUCACAAAAUAAUGACUGUUUUCA